AUGAUGUUCCCAUCUGAGUUUCUAGGAACCCAAACCUUGGCUCAAGAAUGCAUAUCCCAUGUUGACAAUAAUUGCAGUGUGAUACAGAGUAACAUGUCACCACUCCAGGACUUCGACAACUUCUUGGCCAAAUAUAUGACCUUACAAAACGCCAUCCCUGGCCCCGAUUUCAAUUCCCAGUCGUCGUGUGUCAGUAACAACUCGACCUCAGACGAAGGCGAUGAGCUGCACCUAAGCAUCAUCAAUGAGAGAAAGCAGAGGAGAAUGAUUUCCAACAGAGAAUCGGCUCGUAGGUCGAGGAUGAGGAAGCAGAAGCACCUGGAUGAAUUAUUGUCGCAGGUAUACCGUCUGAGAACAGAGAAGAAUGACCUCAUUGACAAGCUAAAUAAUGUAUCCGAAAGCCAUGAUAAAGUCUUGCUAGAAAAUGCAAGGCUUAAGGAAGAAGCCUCGAAUCUUCGUCGAAUGGUAACUGAUAUUCAGCUUGCUAGUACUUACAAUGGUUUGAGAGAUUUGGAGGAACUUCCCUGCACUACACCUCAUCUUAUUGCUAAUACAUCACCUAACUGUAAAACGGUGUAA